AAAAGUUUAAAAAUAAAAGUAAAAAAAAUAAUCAAUCAUCAUAUAUAAUUCCUACAUACAAGUAUACAACCGAAACAACUCACUGAGUCAACUCACCGAGUCACCGAGGAAGAAAGAUGAAUCGUCUGGUAGCAAACUCGUCGUUGUUGAAGCUUUCUCUCUCCUCCGUUAAUGGCGGACGUCGGAUUCUCUCCGGAAACGGCGUAAUUACGCCGGAGUUUCACACGUGGAGGUUUGGUGUGACGGAUUUGCGCCGGAAUAUGACGUCAUAUUCGCCGAAGUCGGAGGAGAAAGCGGUUGAGGAGAGAGAAAAGAAGGAGUUGAAGAAGAUGAAGGAUGGUUUGCCGAUGGUGUCUAGCUAUUGGGCGGUUUCUAGGCCGGAAGUUAUGAAAGAGGAUGGUAGUAAAUGGAAUUGGAACUGUUUUAUGCCAUGGGAGACUUAUGAGGCUGAUUUGUCCAUUGAUCUGAGCAAACAUCACGUACCAAAGACAUUUGUGGACAAAGUUGCCUUCAGAACAGUGAAACUCUUAAGGAUCCCAACUGAUAUCUUCUUUAAGAGGCGCUAUGGUUGCCGUGCAAUGAUGCUUGAAACAGUGGCUGCUGUUCCUGGUAUGGUUGGCGGGCUACUGCUCCAUUUGAGGUCACUCCGUAGGUUCGAGCAGAGUGGUGGGUGGAUCAAAGCUUUGCUGGAAGAAGCUGAGAAUGAGCGGAUGCACCUAAUGACAUUGGUGGAGCUUGUGCAGCCGAAAUGGUACGAGAGACUAUUGGUUCUAGUUGUGCAGGGAGUUUUCUUUAACUGUUAUUUUGUGCUUUAUCUGCUUUCCCCUAAGUUGGCACACAGAGUGGUUGGUUACUUGGAAGAAGAGGCAAUUUAUUCAUACACAGAGUAUCUUAAGGACAUAGACAGUGGCGCGAUCGAAAAUGUACCUGCUCCUGCUAUUGCUAUCGACUACUGGAGGCUGCCAAAGGAUGCCAAUCUGAAGGAUGUUAUAACUGUCAUUCGUGCUGAUGAAGCUCAUCAUCGUGAUGUCAAUCACUUUGCUUCCGAUGUCCAUUUCCAGGGCAAAAAACUGAAAGAAGCACCAGCUCCAAUUGGUUAUCAUUAGAUACGUUACAUUUUGAGAAGUUCUAUUUCAUUCUUAACUCUAUUAGAUUGGGUACACGUAUUAGUACAGCGCUACAUGCAUGUAAAUCCUUCCGAACUUCUUGUAUCCUGGAAGAGUGAUUACUACUCAUAAGUCAUAACAUCCAUUUAUGGACACCGAUUUAUUUCAAAGUCACAUCUUUUAUUUGUCAA